AUGACACAACUAACUAGAUACCUUAUCGCUGACUUGGCGAAUACAAGUCCCAAUCGUCUAGAUUUCCCAUCUGAUGAAAGAUCACAACGAGCUUUAAAAGCAUCGAAAUUCACAAUUGAUACUGAUUCUAAUAAAGUUUCAAAUGAAAUAUUAUUACAAAUUGUUUCCUUAGAUAAUAUGUCACAAUCAAGACUUACGAGGCUAGAUGAUUUAUUAGCUGCUGAUGAUAUGGAUGCUGUAGGUGCUGAUAGACUUCGUGGGAGACAACAAAGAAUUGUACGAAAUGUGAAUCUUGAAGAUGAUGAUCAAGGUGGUAAUAAUCAACAACAACAAUCAACUUCGGGAAAUCAUAACAGUUAUUAUAAAUUAACGUUACAAGAUUGCUUUGGGAACUUAAUAUAUGGUAUUGAAGUGGAGAAACUUUCAUUUUUAACGGGGAACAAUCAAAAAAGUGGAUUCCCAAUUCAAUUAGGUUCUAAGAUUUUAAUUCAUAAUAAUACUGAAAUUAUUAGUGGUGUUUUAUUACUUUCUCCUUCCAAGAUUGAUUAUUUAGGUGGAAUGGUACCUUCAUGGAAUUUAGGAUUAGAUAAAAAACAUAUUCAACUGUUAAAAGAUGAAUUAGAAGAAAUUAAAGCACAAGGAUAA